AGGAAGAGAACCAACGCGACUCUCAUAGCUCGAGUUUCGCCCAAGAUCGCGUAAACGCCAAUCUCAUCACCUACAACCUUCCCCAAGAGACGAAAAAGGAGGGAGAGAGAGAGAGAGAGAGAGAGAGAUGGUGGGGUUCACGGGCUGUUUCUCCCUUCGCUGUUUCUGGGUUUGUUUCACAACAUCGACGCCGAUCAAAAUGCGGUGUUUGUAGUUAAAGAAGACAAAGGAUCGCAGAGAGAGGGAGGGAGAGUUCUGUUUUUCGUUUAUUUUAUGGGGAGGUGGGUGGCCGGAGUUGGGUUGGGUAGGGGGAGAAUGAAGAAGCGAGGAGGGGCAAUAUUGAGGAACCCGAAAUCGAUGUGCGGCGGCGGCGGAGACGGGGACUGGGGCAAGAGCGUGCACGAGCAGGAGGCGGUGGAGCAGCUGUCGCGGGAUGAAGAGUACAGCAUCAGCGGGGGCAUCCUCCCUUCCCUCGGCGGCAAGACCAACCGCAUGGUCAAGCUACGUCGUUUCAUCAUCAGCCCCUUCGAUUACCGUUACAGACUCUGGGAGACAUUUCUGGUGGUUCUCGUCUUCUACACCGCAUGGGUGUCACCAUUUGAGUUUGGAUUUCUCGAGAAACCACAGGGAAUUCUGGCGAUAACAGACAACGUCGUGAAUGGAUUUUUUGCAAUUGACAUCGUAUUGACCUUCUUUGUAGCGUAUUUGGACAAGGCUUCAUAUCUUCUAGUCGAUGAUAGGAAGAGGAUUGCUUUGAGAUAUGUGACUACGUGGUUGGCCUUUGAUGUUAUCUCAACUGUCCCCUUUGAAGUUGUUAAAAGUAUUUUACCAUCUCCUUUGGAGCAGUAUAGCAUAUUUAACAUGCUUCGACUUUGGCGUCUUCGAAGAGUCAGCUCGAUGUUUGCCAGAUUGGAGAAAGAUAGAAACUUUAACUACUUUUGGGUACGGUGUGCGAAGCUGAUCUUUGUUACUGUAUUUGCAGUGCACAUGGCUGCAUGCUUCUACUAUCUUCUUGCUGCACGCUACAAGGACCCAAAAAACACAUGGAUUGGGCUUUCAUUGGGGGAUUUCCACAGUAGGAGUCUCGGUGUUCGUUAUGUUAUAUCUAUAUAUUGGUCGAUAACCACGCUUACUACCACUGGCUACGGUGAUUUGCAUCCUGUGAAUACGAGAGAGAUGAUAUUUGACAUCUUCUACAUGUUCUUCAACCUAGGACUAACUGCUUAUUUGAUCGGAAAUAUGACCAACUUGGUCGUCCACGGCACCAGCCGAACCAGAAGAUUUAGAGACACAAUCCAAUCAGCGUCGAAUUUUGCACACAGGAACCAAUUGCCCGUUCGCCUGCAAGACCAAAUGCUGGCUCAUAUUUCUUUGCGAUAUAGAACUGAUUCAGAAGGUCUUCAGCAGCAGGAAUUUCUUGAAUCCCUUCCUAAAGCCAUCCGAUCAAGUAUCUCGCAUUUUUUGUUCUAUUCGCUCGUUGACCAGGUGUACUUGUUCCGUGGCGUUUCAAAUGACCUGCUUUUUCAGCUGGUGUCAGAGAUGAAAGCCGAGUAUUUUCCUCCGAAAGAAGACGUGAUUCUGCAGAAUGAAGCGCCCACAGACUUGUACAUACUGGUCACUGGUUCUGUGGAACUUAUUGUGCAAAGAAAUGGAAUAGAACAGGUAGUUGGCGAGGCAAAGAACGGAGAUGUCUGCGGCGAAGUAGGUGUCCUCUGUUACCGGCCACAACCUUUUACAGUCAGGACUAAAAGAUUGAGCCAGCUUCUACGUUUAAAUCGUACGUCCUUCCUGAAUAUUGUUCAGGCCAAUGUAGGAGAUGGAACAAUUAUCAUGAACAAUCUACUUCAGCAUUUGAAAGAAAGGAGGAACCCGAUGAUGGAGGAAAUACUGGAUGAGACAGAGCACAUGCUCACUCGGGGGAAUAUGGAGUUACCUCUUAGCUUAUGUUUUGCAGCAAUGAGAGGCGACGAUCUACUAUUGCACCAGCUUUUGAGACGCGGUUUAGAUCCAAAUGAAGUAGAUAAAAACGGAAGGACGGCGAUGCAUAUUGCAGCAUCUAUGGGAAGUCAACAUUGCGUGACCCUUCUUCUAGAAUUUGGAGGAGAUCCUAACAUCAAAGGUACUCUACUUUAUUGGCAUUUCGAAACAAUUUGUGCUUCAAUAUUGCAAUUUGUUUACUACUUGGAGCACUUCGAUACCAAUUUUGCUUGGACCUCAGCACUGUGUCCAAUUUCUGUCUAUGCAGAUUCUGAAGGAAGUGUUCCUCUUUGGGAUGCCAUAGUGGGGAAGCAUGAAUCCGUGAUUAAGCUACUUUCAGACAACGGUGCAACGAUUUCAUCUGGCGAGGUGGGCCAUUUUGCUUGCACUGCCGUUGAGCAAAACAAUCUAGAACUUCUCGAAGACAUAGUCAAGUAUGGCGGCGAUGUAACACUGCCCACAAGCAAUGGAACUACACCGCUUCACACGGCUGUAUCCGAGGGAAACAUCGAGAUAGUUAAGUUCCUGUUAGACCAAGGAGCCGAUGUUGAUAAGUCCGAUGUAUACGGAUGGACCGCAAGGGCUUUGGCGGAUCACCAGGGCCACGAAGAUAUAAAGCUUUUGUUCCAAACAAAAAGAGCUAUCACAAUCUCAAGUGGGCAAGGGUUUGGUCACCCAGAUAGUAUCCCUAAUAAACAGGAGGUGCCGUAUCUUGCCAAGUACCCAAGCGAGCCCCUGAUACCUUCGGCCCUCGGAAAGCACUCGAGUGAGCCCUUGAUCCCUCCAUUUUUACAGCAGUCUAUGCCAACUAUUGCAGAGGUUAAUUGGUCAGGUAACCGACGUCGCCGUAAAGCCAACAAUUUUCAGAAUUCUCUUAUUGGGAUCAUGUCAGCUGCAAAUACAGGCGAGAAGGACGUUAUUUCAUCUCCUGGCAAGUUUGCAAAUUGGAAAUUAGGCAACCCCCCGGCUCGUGUAACACUCAGCUGCCGAGAGAAGGGUGAACUCGAGAGUAAGCUUGUGCUGCUGCCAGAGUCUAUUCAGGAACUUCUCCACAUUGGUGGUAGAAAAUUCGGUUUGAAUUUUAUGAAAGUUCUGAGCAAAGACGGAGCAGAAAUCGAAGAUAUAGAGCUCAUUAGAGAUGGCGAUUUUCUUAUUCUGGUUGCUGAAGACAGAGAUGAUAACUCACAACUACCAAGGGAAAAAGAGUCAAUGGAUACAGAUUUCCUCUCUAGAUCACUAUAAGCCAUUCGCUAAUUAAGAUCUUGAGCUCAAGGGCGCAGUAAUUGAUGAUGUGGUUUGGGUAUAUAAAGAUUUUCAGGUUUUCGUUUUGUUUUCAGUAUUAGGGAACAGAAAGAAAUGAAGGAUUUCAGUGAAGAUAUAUGGCUUACGUGCUUCACAUUUUCGGGAUGAAAUGCCUUGGACUGGAGCAAAAGGGUUGGAAAACCCUGGUGAAGUUUGAAUUUUUGGUUGGAUGAUUGUACUAUGUAUAAACUCAGUGAACCUUCUUCCCACAGUCAUUUGUAACAUAAUACAGAGACAUAAUUUGUCAAUACAGGAAA